AUGUCGAUCAAUUGGGUGAUGCUUGAUGAGCGCGAAGGCUUUGUUCAUCUACCGAACGAGCGAUUGUUAUACACCAGUCCCCCUCGGACAAGCUUCGCCUUGCAACCGCCUCCAUCAUACACUGGCAGAGACUCGCUAUCACUACAAAGCAGUGCCGGUCAAGUCUACCUUACAAACCAACGGGUAAUUCUCUUUCCUCCUCGUUUGCAGUCUGUCCUUUUGGCUUCGAAUCACCUGUUAACAACAAGUCCGCAGGUUGUUUACAUUCCCGCUCAACGGUCAGAUGUACUAGAAUCAUUCUCAGCCCCUCUUCUCAAUCUACACGACUCUCAUGUCUCUUCUCCUUUCUUCGGACCUAAUGCAUGGAAUGUCGUUGUUCAACCAGUACCUGGCGGCGGAAUUCCCUCGUCGCUAGUUGCGGUACAUUUGAAAGUGACCUUCAAAGAAGGGGGCGCAUUUGAUUUCCACAACCAGUUUGAGCGGAUCAAAGAGCGACUCCAACACGCGGUCGAAAUAUCCCGUGAAAGUGGCCGAAGCGCUGGAGAUGUGAACAUGGCCGGUGUCCAUCUAGAAGAACUCCCCGCUUACUCGGGCCCCCAGACCUACUCGACUGGUAACGACCAUAGUAACCGAGCGGUACAUCGCCAGGCUUCAGAGACCAAUCCCGAGCCUCAGGAGCCACCUCCCGGCUAUGAAGAAGUACAGCAGCAGAGCGUCGCCAACGAGCUUGAAGCAAGAUUGCGCCGGGCGAGCUGA